AUGUCAGGAAUUCAAAUCAACGAGACGACUAGUCUACCCAUCUCAACUACAGCCGAGGAGGGACUUCACACGUCACCGGUUAACAAUCCAGAGACCUCGAAUAGGCAAUCACCAACGAUGAAUCCUGUGGAAAACGCAACCCCGCACCCAGAAGCGCAAGAUGUAAACCGAGGCACGCCAGCUCCUGCUGAUGUCGCAACAUUAUUUGUGACAAUGAUGGCUCGAAUGGAGGAGCUGAAUCAUCAGACAAGCGCUCGCCUGAACGAGCUCGCCGCGGCACAACUUUCUUGUCAAGAUCAAGUCAACAUAUUACACUCGUCAGAGACCCAAGCCCCGGAGAGACGGGCCCAAGAAAUUCAGCGCGUACAACGCGCCUUAUUCGGAGACUCACCCGCACCGCCAACAACAGAAAAUCAUCCAACCUCGAACUGCGAUGAGGUGAACAUCGGGGCUCCCGAACACGAAACACGUCGGCUUCAGAUAAGAAACUCGCAGCAAGACGAAGAAAUUCUCGAAAUGAGAGCCAAAUUGCGAGCCAUGACCUCGCUUGUACAUCAAGCAACUAGCUCGGCAUCUGAGAUCGACCGUGUGUUGAAAGAAAGCCAAAGCACACCGUUCACGACCCGAAUCACCGAUUUCCCGAUAAGAACUCAAGUGAAGUUCAAUCUCCCGACGUAUACAGGAAACUCGGACCCAAGCCAAUUCAUGACCGCGUUCAGCAUUCAAAUGGGCCGAGCACGAUUCACCCCCGAGGAGAAAGAUGCAGGCUUCUGCCAACUGUUCGUUGAAAAUCUCAGCGGUGCAGCCCUCGUCUGGUUCUCCAAGUUAAAAGUGAACUCGAUUGACAGCUACCAAGCGUUGUCGACCGCAUUCCUCAAGAGGUACAUGAUGUAUAUCCAAGACGCAGUUUCCAGCGCCGACCUCUACCAGAUCAAACAAGGCGAAAAAGAAUCCCUUCGGUCUUUCAUCGGCAGGUUUAAUGCGAUCGUUUCUCGGAUCACCGUGACUGACGAAGCAUCGCUGCCAGCUCUUCGGAAUGCCCUACGAAUCGAUUCGAAGUUUUGGGACAGCCUCAAGUUCAGCAAACCCCGAACUCUCGAAGACGCGCUUCACCGUGCCACCUUAUAUAUCGAGGACGAGGAAGAAAAAGAGAUCGCGUCACCAGCAAAAGCGACGCCGAAGCAGCAACCUCACAAAGAAAUCCCCAAACAAGAUUAUCAGGAACCUCGACAACACCUCGACAAUAACUAUCGAGGCGACAAUCGCCGAGGAGCGACGUACAACAUCAGCACUCAACAACAACAAAAUCGCCAGUAUCAAAACCAAUCGAACACCUGGCAACGAGGAGAUUGCGGGGAGACACGACCUUUCUGCGAUUAUCACAACAAGUACAGUCACCCGACUGCGAUGUGUCGCGAACUACAGGCCUAUUUGCUCGCCAAAUAUCGAAAGGGGGAGAUCGCAAUAGCAAACCAGCCCCAAAACACUGCGCCGCGAAACAAUGAAGUUCGACCAACGGCUCCCAUCGAACAACUUCCACCUCCUCCCCCAACGAACGAACGAUCCAACGACGAUCUCGCAAAGAGAGACCGAGGUAACCAACCUCGAGGUGACACUCUUCCGGCAUCUCGAAAGAAGGUGUUCUUUAUCAUGGGAGGCCUAUCGACGUGCAACGAUUCCGUCAGGUCGAUAAAAAAGUACGGCCGCCAGGUCAUGCUCGCACAAAAAUGGCAAGUCAAAAGCCCCAAGACCGCCGAUAGCGAUGCGAUCACAUUCACCGAGGCCGACACGGAAGGAGUCGACAUGCCACACAACGAUCCUCUUGUGGUCGAGCUGCGGAUCGCAGAUUGCGAAGUGUCUCGGAUACUGGUUAAUACAGGGAGCUCGGUCGACCUGAUUUUCAAAGAAACACUCGACAAAAUGGAAAUGGCGAACCACCACCUCAAGUCCUCGGUUAAGCCACUCACAGGGUUCGACGGAGACACGGUCUACUCGAUCGGAACAAUCAGACUCCCGGUCUACGCGGCGAAGACAACCCGCCUCGUCAAAUUUGUCGUCGUCGACAAACCUGCCAUCUAUAAUGUAAUUCUGGGAACACCCUGGCUACAAUCCAUGAAGGCGGUGCCAUCAACCUAUCAUCAAUGCCUCAAAUUCCCAACCGCGUUCGGGGUCAAAACCAUUCGAGGCUCUCAAGAGAUAUCGAGACUCUGCUUCGCCGCCGACCACAAGCUUCGAUUCAAAUCCAUGGCCCCAGCCAAGGCGUGUCUUACGAUUUUACCCGUAACUCAAGUCGAUUGGCCAUCUCAAGAAAGACCAAAGUAG